CGCGGUCAUACCGAUUAAGACUGAAUCGCACAUGCAGCAGCGCACUCGUUCCCUCUUAGGUCCAGCCGCGCUGCAUCUGUUUGAAGAGACCUAUGCGCUAUCAUACAGCUGAAGGUGUGUCGAUUCUCAUCGAUUGUUUCGAUUCUCUCUGAGCAGCCGCAAAUCACCAGAACAAAGAACACGCACAUCUCUGCAUUGCCUCCGUCCUUGACAAGCACAGCGUCGCCAAAGGGUGCGCAGGUAACUUAGUCCCGCCUUUGUCUACCCAGGUGCUCCUUUUGCGUUUCUUGUCUGCCCUCCGCUCCUCGCUGAAUGCAGACAGACUCGUUCCGUGGGCCUUCUCUCUUGUUGGAGUUUCACCUUUCCGUUCUGCUUGCCCACACUUUAGCGGCGUUCUACUCUGUCCUUCGGCACUUCCCUCUCGAAUCCUCUGGCCUCCAUUCUUCGCCUUUCGUCCACUCCCUCCGUCUCGUUUUACCACGAUUCUCUCUCCUCCAAAAGGAUGCGUUUCCCCCUUCCUUCUUUUCUUCGACCGCCUCCUUCGUUUCGUCAUUCGUCUGUCCUCGCUGUUUCCUUUUGUCGUGUUUCCUGGCGUCGCUUCACACCCUCUCUCUGGCUGGGACGUUUUCUAGCGCAGUUCCACGGAUCCCGCACUGCUGUCGCGUGAUCCUUCGCAAGAAAGCUGGGACUCGCCCUCUGAAUCAUCACGCACAGACGCGACUUCUCGAACACUCAACAGUGGCAAAUGAAACUUCAUCUGAAUCCUCAGGGACAUAGUGCUCCACAAAGUGGAGGGGGCACUUUCGUCUCUUCCUCCUCUUCGCUUCCUUCGUAAACAUCUUCUUGCCCUUUCCCGCUUGUCUCUCCUCUUUCGUCCUCUCUGAUUUUUACUCGGGUUUCGCCUUCGUGCAUCACUUCAUGUCUCAGUCUCCUCUUGCUCUCUUUCAGCUCUCGACCGAUCUGCUUCGGAACCGUUAUCAUCUCCCACGCGCUCGUGUUGGCCAGAUUCUUCUGUGUCGUCGUCUCUUCUGUCGUUGGUGACGUCACGUCACUUUUUCGUUUUUCAUCCGUUUCUCAGGAUGGAGUGCCUCAUCGAGGCAACGGUGAGCACAUGGGGAAACGCCCCUCCUCUCAUAGCCUGUGGCGUCUGUGCAUCGGCGGCGACUCUCGCGCAGCUCGGCGCGGCUCCAAGCUCUUCUCGGCUUCUUCGACUCCAGUCGGAUGUCCCUGAUUUCCCUCCAUGCAAAGCCAGGCAUAAAGACAAAAGGAAAAUACUUGCACCUUCCUCUUCUCCCUUGGCCUCCUCUGACUCGUCGUCCUGUGCUUCGUCUUCGUAUUUCUGUCCGGGCGCUUGUGUUGUUCAGGUCUACUGUGCAGAAGAGGAUUUGUCGCCUCCAGUGAAGCUGCCUCUGAAUAAGUUUUUGCUGACUUCGGAUGUCCUCUUUUCUCUUGGCCUUCUCUCUCCCUUCUCUGCGGGUUCCCUGCCAGCAGACACCCACUGUUUCCUCUCCUUUCUGUCGCUCUCUGUUCCUCUUCCUCGUCCUUCUCCAGUCACUCUCUGCCUAACUCGUGCUCCUGGCGACCAUCAACAGUCACGCUCCUCUGCUUCGUCUCUCUCUUCGUCUCUCUCUUCGUCGUUGCCGUCUCCUUCAGCAGCGUGGUGGGAGCAGCUGCUUUUGACUUCGGCAGCGUCGCAGGAUUCUGCGGUAAAGGCAGGUCUGCACUCAACUUGCUCCUCUUUUUCUUCGAAUGAAUUCCUGGGCAGCUCAAGUUAUCGCGGCAGCGGCGACACGCAGCAGCCUGGCGGCACAUGCGGAGAACCGAAGAAAUCCAAACAACAGAAAUCCCCUGCUCGUGCUUCUCCAUCUUCCUCAGAGUCUUCAACUUUUGCACCGUCUUCAUCAUCUUCUACGACUUCUCCAUCUUCGUUCCUGGCUGCAUCUCUCUCGGUGACUCCUCAGGCAUCUCAGGGUCUUUUGCGUUUUUUUCGCAUUGCUCUGAACGGCGCCUCCGUCGUGAACGGACAGUUUCGCUCGAUGACUCUCCACGGUCAUCCUGUCGUCCUUCAGAUCUUUGUCCCUUCUGUUUCCCUCUCUGAAACUUCAGACGCAAAGACGUUUUCGCCUUCGAGUGUUUCUCCUCUCGACUCGAACAGGAACAAGGACGGAAAAGAGACAGAAACGGCUGCUGCGGUUCUCUCCAAGUGCUUUCGUCUCUCUGCCUCGACGCAGAUGCUCUUCACUCUCCAGCCGACGUGGCCAGAGAGAGAAAGGAAAUGCGAGAUAAACGCCGAUGAGAGAGCGGAAAACUCUAGCGAAAUGGCAAAUUCACCCCGAGGAGGCCUGAACCGCGUCGGCGGCCUCCACCGGGUUCUUCCCGAGUUGAUGUGGUCGCUGAUUCUCCCGCUGCUUCGUCCGGAUCUGUUUCAAGCGUAUGGCGUGCUUCCCCCGAAAGGUGUGCUGCUGUACGGACCUCCGGGUUCGGGGAAGACGCAUUUGGCGCGUGCACUUGCUGAAGAAAUCCAGGUCGUUGCAGAAGAAGUGAACAAAGGCGCGGCGCCUGCUCCGCAAGAGUCUCUUGCCUCUUCUUCUCCCUUGUCUGCCUUUCUGCGAGCUUUGCUGCGGCUUCCUGCAGACGCGUCAGGCUACUCGUCCGCGUCCUCGUCUUGUGUCUUGAUUGUGCCUCCUCAUUUGGAGUUGAUAAAUGCGACAGACCUGAUCAGUCCCGUCGUCGGUCAGACAGAGCGAAAUAUCCAUCAGCUCUUUGAGAGGUGCAGACACGAGCAGAGGAAGCGCCUCAACGAGGCUCGCGCCGAAGUAGCGGUGCGGACCGCCCGCGCGGCUGUGAGGCGAGCUGGAAGAGACAGCGGGCAGACGUCGGAGGCGACGGAGACGGAGGAGGCGACGAAGGAGAAAUGUGGAGUGGAGGGUGAGAAGGCGGGUGCAAACUGUAAGAAUCAGACUGACAAGGUGGAAGGAUGCGGGGGAAAGCAGACCGGAGACUCUCCCGUGACUCUCGUUGGCGGAGGCACACUCCUCUUCAUCGACGAGAUCGACGCAGUCUGUCCAAAGCGCGAAGAGGCAACUGAGGUGGGCCGGCGAGCGGUCUGCGCGCUUCUCUCGUGUCUCGACGGCAUCGCCACAGAUGGUUCGCUCUUUGUCCUCGCCGCAACGAAUCAUCCAUACCUUCUGGACGACGCAAUUCGACGAGCGGGACGCCUGGAACGGGACAUCGAGGUGGGUGUCCCAACGGCGGAGGAGCGGCGCGAGAUACUAGCCAAGCUCCUCGACAGCGUUCCUCACAAUUUGCGCGACGAGGACAUUCAUGAGCUGUCGGGACUUUGUCAGGCAUUUGUCCCCGCUGAUCUGCGUCUUCUUGUCACGACGGCUGCGACCCAGGCCCUGAAAGCCUUUCUCCCUAUCGAAACCUCUGGCGACAUGCCCAGUGACGAUACAAGAGAUGAGCUGCAAGGCGGGGAGGAGGCGACUGAGUCUGUUCCCGGCGCUCUGGCCUUUCUUUCCAAAGAAAACAAGCCCGUCACUCUGAAGCAUUUUCGCCGGGCACUGCGUCACGUAAAACCGUCGGCACUCAAGUCGGUUGCCAUAGAAGUGCCUCAGGUGAAGUGGGAUGAGAUCGGCGGAUAUGCCUCGGUAAAGAAAAGUUUGCAAGAGUGCGUGGAAUGGCCUCUCAAGUACGCCCAUCUCUUCAGGCAGUUAAAGGUGUCUCCGCCUCGCGGGAUGCUCCUAUAUGGACCGCCUGGCUGCUCCAAAACCAUGAUGGCCAAGGCAGUCGCUACGGAGUCAAAGAUGAAUUUCAUUUCUGUCAAGGGUCCCGAGUUGUUCUCCAAAUGGGUAGGAGAGUCCGAGCGCGCCGUCCGAGAGGUAUUCAGGAAAGCACGGCAAAAUGCGCCUUGUGUGAUCUUCUUCGAUGAAGUUGAUGCCAUGGGCGGCGAUCGCGAAACAGGCGACGCAGGAGGGGUUGACAGCCGCGUGCUAAGUCAGUUGCUCAAUGAAAUGGACGGUAUCGGCCCCGUCCGGGAAGUUAUCGUCAUUGCCGCCACGAAUCGUCCCGACUUGUUGGACGCUGCACUUCUUCGCCCUGGCCGCCUCGACCGCCUGGUGUAUGUACCUUUGCCGGACUGGGAAGCCCGUCGUGAAAUUGUUGUGAAAAUGUUGAAGAACAUGCCGGUCAGGUUCUCUGGAGAGCUGCGUGGAGACUCGAAAAGACAGGGCUCACAGGAAGUCGCCCGCAACGAUGGACAGCUGUCAUGUGCAGACAGCGGCGUUCCUCGGAUUCCUUCUGUGGUUUCCGGUAGUGAAAAUUUCAAGAGAGAGGAUGUGGAGGUGCGAGACCAGAGGAAUGCAGAAGAUGAAACGGGGGACCCAGAGAGAUCAAGAGAAAGAGGCGUGAGUAAACAUGACGGCUGCAGUUCAAGGGAAGUCGAUACAGCUGCCAGUUCACAUGAAUGCAGUGGCAGUUUGGAAGUCUGUGCCGACAGCCUAGCAAGUGCGACGCAUGGAUAUAGCGGGGCAGAAAUCGUCAUGAUUUGUCGCGAGGCAAGCAUGGCGGCUGUUCGAGAGGCUGUAGCGCGCUAUACAGACCAGCAAUUACAGCAUCAAAGAUGCUCCGCGUUCUCCGAGAAAGUAGAGCUGAAACUCUCAACUGACAAAUCUGAACGAACGCAGUGCGUUCAGGAGAGUUCCGACGAUGGCAACGUUUUUGUCGAGGAGCGUCAUUUGAAGUUCGCUCUUUCUCGAGUGCAGCCAAGGACGCCAGCGAGUCUUCUGGCAUUUUACGAAGCGUAUCGCGCAGACUCGCCUUGGAAGGGUUCGGGGGGGAGCUAAGGCGUGGAAUUCAAAAAUGGCGAUUCGUUUUUCUGUGUGAGAGUCGUCAUUUUCUGUGGCAUUGGAACGAGGAGUUGCGUCCUUGAACGUGUCAACUUGUGGCUAGC